AUGGCAACAGAAAAGACCCAACCGCAAACAACCACAACCAAAUCCGCCACAGGCCACAUCACAGUCCCCCGGAUCACCAUCCAAUUCUGCACACAAUGCAAAUGGGAUUUAAGGGCUACAUACUACGCAGGCGAGCUCGUGCGCACGUUCUCAACCUCGAUAGGAGAAGUAGCUUUACUGCCAUCUACGUCUGGGACUUUUGUCAUCAAACUCUACCAUCAAGCAUCCAAUGACAAUUCAUCACAUGACACAACGAAUGGCAAUGAGGCGGAGGUGAAAGUUCAGGAAACGACAAUAUGGGAUCGAAAGGUAGAUGGUGGCUUUCCUGAAACAAAGGAGUUGAAGAAUCGGGUUCGCAAUGUGGUUGAGCCUGGCCGAGGGCUGGGUCAUACGGAUCGAGCGCUGAAGAAAGGAAAGGAACAAAAAGCGGAGCAGGAUCACAGAGAGACUUCGAAUGGUGGCGGAAAGGAUGCGGAAGGUAAUGCUGGGAAUGUAAGUGUUGGCGAGCGGCAGGAGGAGUGUGAGGACUGCAGAUAG